GUGAAAAGAAAACGCCGUUUACUCCACGAAGACACCAGCCCACCAGCAGCUUGAAAACUGGCGGGGCGUAAGGCUUUCGUACAAUUCAUUCAAUGCUAACUGGGCUGGCUCCAAGAAAUUCCCGCAUAAGCAUGCUUUACUUCCACCCGUAGCUGACCAGCCCACAAAUUUUCUUCCCCUUUUGUCACGGUUAUAUACACUCCAACUCCUCAUUGCUGUUGUGUGUGAAGUGAAGUUGGUAAUGGGAGAAAUUGGGCGGAUGAUGAUGAUCAACACAUUCUGGGUAGUAGUAGUGGUGGAACUACUGAUCAAAGCGUCGCCGGCAAAUGGGUUUUAUCUUCCCGGCGUUGCGCCGCGUGAUUUUCAGACGGGGGAAGCUCUUGAAGUGAAAGUGAACAAACUUUCCUCAACAAAGACACAACUGCCGUACGACUACUAUUUCUUGAGUUAUUGUAAACCUCCAAAGAUUAGGAAUAGAGCAGAAAAUUUAGGAGAAGUUCUUCGAGGUGAUCGGAUCGAGAAUUCUGUAUAUAGUUUUAGCAUGAGAAAACCAGAAUCAUGUAAAAUAGCCUGCCGAGUGAAACUUACUGCUGCAUCUGCAAAGAGCUUCAAAAAGAAGAUUAAUGAUGAUUAUCGAGUCAAUAUGAUUCUGGACAAUCUUCCAGUUGCAGUUGUUCGGCAGAGGAAGGAUGGAGGUGAGCGGAGAAUUUAUGAACGAGGGUUUCAAGUUGGAUUUAAAGGGAAAUAUUCUGGAAGCAAAGAUCAGAGAUAUUUUAUAAACAACCAUCUGAACUUCAAAGUUAAGUAUCACCCUGAUCCUGACGCUGACGCAGCUCGUGUUGUUGGUUUUGAGGUCACUCCUCUAAGUAUCAAUCACCACUACAAAAAAUGGAAUGAAAACAACACAGAGUUGUCAACAUGCAAACAUGGUAUUCAAACAGUACUUCAACCAGGUAUACUUCCUCAAGAAAUUGAUGCGGACAAGGAGAUAGUAUUCACCUAUGAUGUUUCUUUCGAGUCUAGUGAUAUCAGAUGGGCAUCUAGAUGGGAUAUGUACCUUCUUAUGAAUGAUGAUCAGAUUCAUUGGUUCUCCAUUAUCAAUUCCUUGAUGAUUGUCCUUUUCCUAUCUGGCAUGGUUGCUAUGAUCAUGGCAAGAACACUAUAUAGAGACAUUGCCAAGUAUAAUCAGCUGGAGCAAGACGAGGUGCAGGAGGAAACCGGGUGGAAGCUAGUGCAUGCCGAUGUCUUCAGACCACCAUCCAAUUCCAGCUUAUUGUGUGUGUAUGUUGGGACGGGAGUCCAAGUCUUUGGAAUGACCUUUGUGACUAUGAUAUUUGCAAUGCUCGGAUUCCUUUCACCUUCUAAUAGAGGGGGGCUGAUGACGGUUAUGGUUUUCUUGUGGGUUUUUAUGGGCUUAUUUGCUGGCUAUUCUUCUGGUUACCUCUACAAAAUAGUCAAAGGCACAGACUGGAAGAAGAUCUCUCUAAAAACAGCAUUCAUGUUCCCGUCUGUUCUUUUCGCCAUCUUUUUUGUUCUGAAUGCCCUGAUAUGGGGGGAAAAAUCUUCUGGGGCUGUGCCUUUUGGGACAAUGUUUGCUCUUGUACUGUUGUGGUUCGGCAUAUCACUGCCAUUGGUUUUCUUAGGCAGUUUCUUGGGGUUCAAAACCCCUGCACUAGAGGACCCCGUCAAAACCAAUAAAAUUCCUCGGCCAAUUCCCCUGCAGCCAUGGUAUAUUCACCCACUUUUCGCCAUGCUUUUUGGAGGAAUCCUUCCAUAUGGUGCAGUCUUUGUCGAGCUCUUCUUCAUACUGACAUCUGUGUGGCUGAAUCAAUUUUACUACAUCUUCGGCUUCCUCUUCCUAGUGUUUGUAAUUCUUUUGGUCACUUGUGCUGAGAUAACCAUAGUAUUAUGCUACUUUCAGCUAUGUAGCGAAGAUUACAGGUGGUGGUGGAGAUCCUACUUGAAUUCUGGAGCUUCAGCACUAUACCUUUUUUUAUACGCAAUCUUCUAUUUCUGCACUAAGCUAGAAAUCACAAAGCUCGUCUCAGGCAUUCUCUACUUCGGCUACAUGUCUAUCAUUGCUUAUGCCUUCUUCAUUCUUACCGGGACAAUUGGCUUCUGCGCCUGCUUCUGGUUUGUUAGGAAGAUUUACUCGUCUGUCAAGAUCGACUAGUUGGCUGGGCAACAUAUCUGGUACAUUGUUGAUAGAGUAAAAGAGCAGAUGUUUAACUAGGACCAAAGAUGGAGGAAGCGAUGCUGCAUUCAGUUUCAGAUUUUUGGUAAGAUUACACCAUUACAGCAGAUUAAAAAAUCAUCUUUAUCUCUCAAGAACCUGCAGUUUUUCCAAUGCGUUGAGGAUCGCUUUCUGUUGUCGAAUUGAAAACCCUCUGUUGGCAUACUGUACUGGAGUAUCUAUUUCUAUUCAUUACAUGAACUUUGAUAACGCUUUUCUUGUAGACUGAUUAAGUGAAAUAGUUGCAAUUGAGAAGGCUUCCUUACUCAAUGAAUUCAGGUUUAAUGAUAA